AUGCGGUCCAGAAAACUCCUUUUCAAUACAGCUAUAUCCAUCAUCCAAAAAUACAACCCCUGCGCAACCUGGCUAUAUGUGCCUGAGCAGAGGCAGCAUCUUUACGAGUGGACAAGUCGUAUUCGAAACACAUCGCCCCAGACGCAGAUGUGGGCUCAAAUUGGGACAGUCGACGAAGCAAAGGGCAUGUUGGGCUAUUCGACAAAGCCAGACGUCCUUGUUGUGCAAGGAUCAGAAUCUGGUAGUCACGGCCGUGCCAAGGACGGGAUGGGCCUCUUGUCGCUGCUGCCAGAAAUAGUCGACACAAUGGCUAAGAGCGAUAUUCCCAUCUUUGCAGCCGGUGGAAUUGUAGACGACGGCAGUGUCGCUGCAUCUUUGUGUCUCGGGGCUUCAGGCGUGGUGAUGGCAACUCGAUUUCUUGCCUCACGCGAGGCACGCAUCAGCCCGGGCUUCCAAACCGGAAUCCUGCGAGCGAACAACGGCGCCGUGUCGACAACGCGCCCUCUGUUGUGCAAUCAUCUCCGGGGCGAAUACGGAUGGCUGGAGGACCAUGUGCCGUGGACAAUCAUCAACAAGUCGUUUGUCGAGUUUCGUCAGGGACGGCCGUUUGAAGAGCUGCGGGAGAUGAGGAGGGCCUUGCUUGGGGUCCUAAGGGCCGGAGAGGGCAGACAAGGCUGUGGCUAG